AUGGAUACGUUCCCAGUGUCCUUCCUGGGCGAUGGGCACUGGCACCAGGUGGCUCUCAGCAUCUCCCUGGAGAGGCUGGAGCUGCACGUGGACUGCCGGCUGGUGGACAGAGUGAGCUGGUCCAACUAUUUUGGGAUGGGAGUGAACACCGAGGGGCUGAUCAUCAUCGGAGGCCUCAUCGAGUCCUUCGAGAUCCCCUUUAAGGGCGCUCUCCAGCAGCUGACCUUCGUGAUGGGAGACCCAGGAGCUGCUGCUGAGCAGUGCCACAGCUACAACUCAACCUGCCCAGGCUCCUCCAGCCUCCACAGGGCCCCGUGGGAGCUCCCAACAGCCUGGCCAGAGGUGCCAAAGGAAACCAAUGAAAUCCAGGAUUCAUCUACUCAGGAUUCCAGACUCACCAGUUCAGAUUCGGCCCCGGGGUCACCUUGGCCAUGGGAGGAUGCCCAGGGGACCCUCAGCCUCCAGCCUGAUGGGAGUGCCCUGGCUUCCCUCUCUGCUCAUGAGUUGCCAUCAGCUGAGGAGGAGGAGGAGGAGGAGGGCAGCCUUUCCAUUGAGGAUGAAGGUUUUGAGCUGCUGAACUCCACCUACAAUAAAAUCACCGGUCCCGGCAGGCCAGCGCUCAGGAGAAGCUCAGCCUCCAUCAAACCCCCCCGAGCAGCCAGGAAGGAGCGUGGCUCUGAUCCCCGUGAGGAGAACGUCACCACGGAGAAGCUGUCGGGGGACGCUGGCGCGCGGUGGCGGCUCCCACCUGGCAAACCUCACCUGGACCCCGUCCCCAAGGUGUCCCCACCUGCUCAUCGGGGGGCUGCUCCCAAAGGAAACGUCCCCAAAGGGAUUCCCGGGGGCCAUGGGGAGGACGGGCCCCCCAGGUGA